AUUUUAUUUUUAUGAUGAUGGAAGGUAUUUACUGAAACGGACCAAUUUUCAAAGCUUCUAAUGGAAGGCGGGGGUACACGAAAAGGAGUAGAAGCUUAUGUAUAAACCCGCUGCAGUUUUCAUCUGUUGCCCCUUUACUCUACACACCACACCGGUACACAAGGAGUUGUUGAUCUGCUGCGGAAUAAAAUAAUCAGUGCCCAGUGAUGGAUAUUGACCCAGACGAUGUGUUUCGGGACGAUGAAGACCCAGAAAAUGAACUUUUUCAGGAACGAGAUUCCACCAAAGAGAUGUUGGUGUACUUAGUAGAUGCUUCCCCCAAAAUGUUCUCCACUACUUGCCCUUCGGAAGAUCAGAAGGACGUUACUCACUUUCAAGUUGCUGUCAGUUGCAUAGCACAAUCUUUGAGAACUCAAAUUAUAAAUAGGUCUUAUGAUGAAGUUGCAAUAUGUUUCUUUAAUACUAGGGAAAGGAAGAAUUUGCAGGAUUCAAAUAAUGUUUAUGUUUUUAAUGUUCCUGAACGAGAGGAACUAGACAGGCCAACUGCUAGGCUUAUCAAAGAAUUUGAUUCUAUUGAAGAAUCAUUUAGUAAAGAGAUUGGGAGCAAAUAUGGCAUCUUACCUGGGUUUCGUGAUAAUUCUCUUUACAAUGCUCUUUGGGUUGCACAAGCACUGUUGCGUAAAGGGUCUGCAAAAACAGCUGAAAAAAGGAUUCUAUUAUUCACUAAUGAGGAUGAUCCUUUUGGGAAUAUCAAGGGAAUGACAAAAAUGGAUAUGACGAGAACGACAUUACAGAGAGCCAAAGAUGCUCAAGAUCUUGGCAUCUCUAUUGAACUUCUCCCCUUGACUAGACCAGAUGACGAGUUCAACGUGUCCCUUUUCUAUGCUGACUUGCUUGGAUUGGAGGGAACCAACCUGACUCAGUUUAAGGCCUUGGUGGGAGAGAGAUUUGAAGACAUGAAAGACCAAUUGAGAAAGCGGAUGUUCAGGAAGCGCAAAAUACGGAGACUUAAGUUUAUCAUUACCGAUGCCAUUUCUAUUGAAGUGAAUACCUACGCUUUAGUUCGUCCAACUAAUCCAGGAACAAUCACUUGGCUUGACUCUGUCACUAACCUUCCUCUAAAGACUGAUAGAUCUUUCAUCUGUGCGGAUACUGGUGCUCUGGUGCAAGGGACUCCCAAACUUUUUCAGACUUACAAGAAUGAGAGUAUCAUGUUCUCGACGGAUGAGCUGUCUGAAAUUAAGAGAGUUUCAACUGGACCUCUUCGUCUUCUAGGUUUCAAGCCAUUAAGUUGCUUAAAGGAUUAUCACAACUUGAAGCCAUCGACCUUUGUUUUCCCAAGUGAUGAGGAAGUGGUUGGAAGUACUUGCAUUUUCAUUGCUCUCCACAGAUCCAUGUUGCGACUGAAACGGUGCCCUUUGUCCUUUUAAACGCUGGUUAUCUUGAAGCAACCUCAACUUGAAUCCCUUUCUUCUGUUUCCUUAAUAUACAGAAAGGUGAGAUUUUUU